AAACUAUUUAUUAGUUGAUAUAUCACUUCAAAUAAAUAACUGAAAAAUGGCCAAAAUUGCUUUAGGAACCAGUCAAGAGGCUGCUCAGCCAGACUGCAUUAGAGCUCUCAUAAUCGAGUUCAUCACCACCUUCCUCUUCGUCUUCGCCGGCGUCGGCUCCGCCAUCGCCGCCGAUAAGCUAGAGGCAGGUGCCCUAGUGGGGUUGCUUGCUGUGGCAGUGGCUCACACGCUCAUAGUGGCUGUGACAAUCUCCGCCGGCCACAUCUCCGGCGGCCACCUUAACCCCGCCGUCACUCUUGGUCUCCUUGUCGGAGGUCACAUCACCGUCGUCCGAUCCAUUCUCUAUUGGAUCAUCCAGUUGUUGGCUUCCACCGCAGCUUGCUACCUUCUGCAUUACCUCACCGGAGGACUUGUUACUCCAAUCCAUUCAUUGGCAACUGGGGUAGGCUACUUACAAGGAAUAAUAUGGGAGAUCAUCCUCACAUUCUCUCUGCUGUUCACGGUCUACGCUACUAUGGUGGACCCUAAGAAGGGAGCUCUUGAUGGGCUUGGCCCAAUGCUAGUUGGGUUUGUCGUUGGAGCCAACAUUCUCGCAGGUGGAGCCUUCUCUGGGGCUUCCAUGAACCCAGCAAGGUCUUUUGGGCCUGCUUUGGUCAGCGGCAACUGGACCGACCAUUGGGUUUACUGGGUUGGGCCUCUCAUCGGUGGUGGGCUUGCUGGAUUCAUCUAUGAAAACUUCUUUAUCGUCAGAACUCAUGUCCGUAUUACCAAUGACGAAGAAGCUUUCUAAUUUAGUCAGUGGGCAAUAAUUGUCUGUGUUUAUGUUUACUAGAAGUAGAAGAUGAUGCUACAAUGUAUGCUAUUGUUAAGGGAAUAAAAAUCAGUUGCUUAUUUUUUUUUC